AUGAUACCAUAUAAACCAAAUGGAGCUGAACAAGGAUCGCCGGUAGCACAAGGUUAUACAAUGUUUAAUUUCAAUCCUGAUUAUCCAGAACUGACUAAGCAACGUUUUUUUUUUGUUACGGGUAACUGUUGGUAUAAUACUCUCCCAAUAAAAAAUUUUGGUGCAUUUCCAUAUUCAUGGAUGACAGCUGACGGUGAUAUUGAUAUGAAACCAUGGUUUCCAUUACCUGAUAAUUUAGUUUAUAAAGGUGUUGAAUGGAUUCCAGAGUUAAAAAUUAAUGCACUUAGAUAUGAUUCAUCUGAUAUAUGUGAUUUAAAAACAAGUGGUAUUGGCAAAGUACCAUGUUUAAGUUACUUUGAAACCAAUGAUGGUAUACCAGUUAAAACAAUACAAGCAAGAGCGGCAACAGUUGAACCGCUGUUUAAUUUGCCUGCACAAUGGCCAUCAGCAUGUGGCAAUGCUAAUAACGGUUACUCACACUUACCAGUACGCGGUUUUGUUGUUACACCAGAUGGUGGUCUUGAUAAUUUCACAUUAACAUUACAAACACCGCCUGUUCAUUCAUUGGGUGAUGAAGUAACAAUCAAUUUUAGACCAAAACCAAAUUGGUAUUACAAUGGUACAAAAUGUGCAAAAUUCACAGCUAAUGGCAAUCCAAAAAUUGUUUUUACAAAAGAGAAUUGGAAUAAACCACAACGUGUUGAUAUGGAAUUUUCUGGGUAUGGUUGUUGUACGUAUGAAAUUGAAGGUAUUGGUGGUAGUUAUGAAUGGCAAUAUCAAGAGCAAACAUUUGUUGUUUAUGAUUGUGAUGGAAUUGGAGGAUAUGGCUGUAAUGGAAGACAACCAUGUGGUGCUUAA